CUAACAACACUAGCAACCUCACCCGUAAUAUCGCCAGCCGGUAAUAACUCAAGGAUCGUCAUCAGUAACGUCCAUAAUGACACCAACAGCAUCAUCAGUAAUGACAGCAACAGCGUCACCAUUAAUGACAUCAACAGCGUCACCAUUAAUGACACCAACAGCAUCACCAGUAAUGACAUCAACAGCAUCACCAGUAAUGACACCUACAGCGUCACCAGUAAUGACACCAACAGCAUCACCAGUAAUGACACCAACAGCAUCACCAGUAAUGACACCAACAGCAUCACCAGUAAUGACAGCAACAGCGUCACCAGUAAUGACACCAACAGCAUCACCAGUAAUGACAUCAACAGCAUCACCAGUAAUGACACCAACAGCAUCACCAGUAAUGACAGCAACAGCGUCACCAGUAAUGACACCAACAUCGUCACCAGUAAUGACAGCAACAGCGUCACCAUUAAUGACACCAACAUCGUCACCAGUAAUGACACCAACAUCGUCACCAGUAAUGACACCAACAUCGUCACCAGUAAUGACAUCACAUCAUCACCAAGUAAUGACAUUCAACAGUACCAGCAUCACCAGUAA